AUGAGCGCGCAUAUUCAGCUAGACGACAAUGAUUAUGAGUCAUUGUUUGUAUUAGGUAAUGAUCAUACAUUAUCUUCUGCAUCGAAAUCGGGAGCAAUAGAGAAUGAUGCUGAUAUUGAUGUUUCCAACACACCACCGAUGGGAUUAGACAAUUGUAUGUUUGAUCUUCCAAAUAUAGAUUCAUGGCAGUUUGAUAUGAAUAGUCCAUUUUCGGAUGAUGUCAACGAAUUGAAUCAGUUGUCUGUAUUCAUCGACGGUAAAGAUCCAAUAAUGAUCGACGAUAGUCGGUUGGACGAUCCUGCAAUAGAUCAAUUUCUUGCUGAGUUUGAAUUUGCUCAAAGAAAAGAGCAGCUUCAACAAAUUCCAUGUCUAUCACCUUCACCACCUCCUCUACCUUGUAAUAUACAAGAACAAACAAUAAAAUCGCCUUCAGCAUUUCCAGCUUCAAUCGUACCGAUUGCAUCGACUCAAUAUCAACGUACAGUAUUGCCUAAACCUUUCUCAACUCAUAAUUCGAUACCGGAUACAAAUUAUCAACAGCAACAAAACUUACAACCAAUAACAAGUUGUGUCAAAUUGCAGUCAUACACAAAUACUGCUACAAGCGGGAAGAAAUGUGUUAAAAUAGAACCACUGCAAUCUUCAAAUUCACAAGCAUCACCAAAUAUCACAAUAAUAACAGCAACAAAACCGAUUACGGUUACAAAGCUCCCUUUAGUCACAGUACCAACCGCUGGAUCUCAAAUUACAUUUGUGAAAUCAGAACCUGAUCCAAGCAAUUCAGCAGUAAAUCAUGUUACAACAAAAACUGACAAGAAUACUUAUUAUUCAGCAGCAGAUGUGAUGACACCACCUGCCAAACGUCGUCGUUCUCAAAGUUCUUUGCAACAACAACAGACGGCUACCCCAUCACCGCUUACAGCAUCAACAAUUGAGACGAAUUACACUAUGACAACGCCUCCAGUUGCCACAAUACAAACUUCUCCGCUUACAGCAACAACAGUAACACUUGAUCAGCUCAAAGUACAGUAUGGAAAUGCUAGUGAAGAAGCACUUAAAAAACAUUUACGUAUGAUUAAAAAUCGAGAAUCAGCCAGCUUAUCUCGUAAACGUCGAAAACAGUUAAUGGAAGAUCUUGAAGUUAAAGUUAAAGAAUUAACUGACAAUAACGAACGUUUAAAAACUGAUAACAGUAAAUUGCUUAACCAUGUUCACACACUUGAAAUAGAAAAUGAACUACUAAGAUCCUGCAGAUUUACAAAUUCACCAAUACGUGCUCGUAAACCUCUUAUUUUGAUGGGUAUUGUACUAUUGGUUGCAGUCAAUAUAUUUACAUUAAAAUCACUUUCUCCAACCUCAAAUGAUAUGACUAAUACAUUAGCUAUUUAUGAUCGUCCAGAACAAUAUGAACGUUCAUUACCCAUGGUUCCUAGCCGCGCUAUUUUAAGUUAUAAUGAAACACCACAAGAUGAACCUGAUGAUAUGAUAGGUACGAAAUAUCCGUAUCUUCAGUGUGUGGCAUUUAUUAAUAAAACACAUUCACAACGGAUAAACAAAGAUUUACAUUCAUGGGUCGAAGAUCAUAACAAACAUGGAAACAAAAAUGGGAAGGGUUCACCGUCAGUUAUUCCUAAUCAUAUACCAUUAACAAUACAUACUCAAAAACCAACGACAACAGAUGAAAAACUAAAUGAUAACGUAAAUGAUGCAUCAUCAAAAUUAAUUGUGCGAAAAAGAUUACAUUCACAAACUAACAAUGACAUUGCAGUAGACGAAGUACAAGAUCAUCAAGCAAUGACAAGAGAAAGCAAUUCCUUACAACCUUACCAUCGACAAGAUCGAAAUUAUGAUGAAUUUUUUCGGGCUAUUGAUGGAAAAAAUGAUACUGUAUAUAUUGUAUCAUUCAAGCGAGAUCAUUUAAUUCUACCGGCAACUGUUCAAAAUCAAACACAACGUCCGAAAAUGUCGUUGAUUAUGCCUGCAUCGAUAAAUAAUAUCAAUAAAUCAAUAGCUAUACCACCAAAUCAUGUUCCGAUGAUUCGAAUUGAUUGUGAAGUGGAUGAUACAAAACUAGUUUAUGUCAAACGUGAUUCUAUUCCAUUUCUAUAUCGAAAUGGUUUAUUUCAUCAGUAUACAACAGCACCACAAAACUCAUUCAGUUAG